GACAUCCAGGUGAGGGCAGGCGAGGUUCUCCUGCUCCUCGGCGAGAUCGGCAGCGGAAAGUCAACUCUGCUGUCGCUCAUGUCAGGAGCGAAGCCCGCGAGGUCGAUGGAGGUGGAGGUGACGAGGAGGAGGGCGUACGUGAGUCAGAUCCCCUUCGUCCUCAACGACACGAUCAGAGCUAACGUUCUCUUCGGCCUCGACCUCGACGAGCAGAGGUACAGAGACGCCAUGGCCAGGUCGCAGAUGGCCAAGGACAUCGCCGGCAUGGUGGACGGGGACGCGACGCUGGUCGGGCGGUCGGGGGUGCAGCUGUCGGGAGGGCAGAAGUCUCGUCUGGCGCUUGCUCGCGCCCUCUAUGCCGACGCGAAGAUCGUCUUCCUCGACGACGUGUUCUCUGCCGUGGACGCGCAGACAGGCAACGCGAUCUGGGAG